AUGUCGAUGUACCACCAGUUUGUGGAAAAAGACCCGAAGCUCGCGGAUUUGGUGCUGCGCGGGUUGCUUAAGUUCUGGCCCUUAACUAACAGCCAGAACGAGCUGCUUUUCCUGGAGGAGUUGGAGGAGAUUCUGGAGCUCACUAAGGCGCCGGAGUUUGAGACAGUCAUGACGUCGCUGCUCCAGCAGAUCGCGCGCUGCCUCAGCUGGCACUUCCACGUGGCAGAGCGCACACUGCGCCUGUGGGACAACAACUACAUCGUGGCGCUCGUGGCUCAGAACUGCACCACCAUCCUGCCGCUCAUCUUUGCUGCUCUUGAGCGCAACGCCGAAAGCCACCAGAACCAGGUAGUGAAAGAUCUGUCCAUCAGAGUUCGUAAGAUGUUUCUCGAAAUGGGCGAGAUGGUCACGAUGGCUGCAAUGGCCGCGAUGGCCGAGGAGGACGCGAAGGCCGAGGAGGACGAGAAGGGCGAGGAGGGCGAGGAGGAUGAGGAGGGCGAGGAGGAUGAGGAGGGCGAGGAGGAUGAGGAGGGCGAGGAGGAUGAGGAGGGCGAGGAGGAUGAGGAGGGCGAGGAGGAUGAGGGCGAGGAGCUCUACGUCGAUAAUCAGCGCCAGUUCCUAAAAGAAGAGUGUGCGAGAAUGAGAUUUAAUUAUUCAUUAAGCUCGAAUGAGCUGAGGUAUUCAUAG